AUGGGAAAUAAGGUGUCAUCACAACGUUAUCAAGCAUCAAAAUUACUCGAUACCAAUAAGCAAUUAACAACUGCAAAUGUAAUCGAAACAAAUGAAAAAUCCACCGAAACAAAAGAUUUCAAAUAUUAUUUUAAUAAUGAUAAUAAUAUUCAUCGACAACAUGAUCUUUACUUUUUGAAAAAACAUUUAUUUCAAUGUGGGAUAUCUUCUCCUAUUAAAGAAAAGUUAAUUACAGGUUGUAAGGUCUUGGAUCUUGGAUGCGGACCUGCUACCUUUUUAUUAGACCUUGCUGUACAAUAUCCAGAUAGUAAGUUCUUGGGAGUUGACAUCGAACCACUCUUUCCAAGUGAGAUCAAACCUAAAAAUUUGAAAUUUAAGAUAGUAGAUAUCCUCCAAAGACUGCCAUUUCUCGAUAAUGAAUUUGAUUUUGUGCAUACAGAAGCCGUAUUAUUUUUACUCCCAUCGGAAAAAAUAGAUUUUCUUAUAAACGAAAUGAUAAGAAUAACCAAACCAAACGGGUAUAUUGAGAUUUGUGAAUCCAUCUUCAACAACCAAUCUAAAGGCAUAGGGGAAAAAUUCGGUCACCUUUUACACGGAUUCGGAUUGGUAUCGAAAUUGCAUAAAGCGGACAUAAAAGUAGCGUUAAAGUUGUCUCAAAUGUUAGCCGCAAAAUCAAAUAUUCACAAGAGCUCUGUUAAUGAUAAGUUGGUAGUCGUAGGCAAAAAUGGUGGAAAGUUGGGCGUAAUAAUGCAAGACAUACUUACGUGGUUUAAUAAUUCAAGUGAAUUAUUUGUUGUUGAUAUUUGUAGACAAUUAAAUUUAACGAAAGAGCAAUAUGAUCAAUUAGUUGUAGAUGCUUUUAAUGAAUUAAAUUUCACUUGUCCUGAAAUGACUUUACAUCUUGCAGUGCAAUAUCCUAAUAGUAAAUUUAUCGGAGUCGAUAUUGAACCAAUAUUUCCAAAUGAGAUAAAACCUAAAAAUUUGGAAUUUAAGAUUGCAGAUAUAUUACAAAAGUUACCAUUCCCUGAUAAUGAAUUUGACCUCGUGCAUUUAGAGUCAGUGUUAUGUUCAACAAAAUCAACGAAAACAGAGAUUGUUCUAAACGAAAUGGUAAGAGUAUCAAAACCAAAUGGUUACAUUGAAGUUGGUGAAACCUUUAUUUACAAAGAUGUGGGAGAAAAAUUGUGUUAUAUUUUACAUGGACUUGACUUGGUAUCAGCAUUAUAUGGGGUAGAAAAGUUCAUAGGAUUAAAAUUACCAGAAAUAGUAACCAAGAUAUCGAAUAUUAAAAAUAUCAAAGUUGAAGAUAGAGCGAUAAUUAUAGGUAAAAAUGGAGGAAAAUUAGGUAUGAUAUCAAAAGACUUGCUUGCGUGGUUUGAUGAUGAAAAUUCAGGCAAUUUAUUUGUCAAUGAGAUUUGUGAACAAUUAGAAUUAACCAGGGAGCAAUAUCAUGUGUUGUUAAAGGAUAUUUAUAAUGAACUAGAAUGUACAUCCCCUGAAAUGACUUUUCGUAGGGUCUAUGCCCAAAAGAUAAGUUAA